UCAUUUUCUAAGCACUAAAUAAAAAAUAUUACCUUAUUUAUCUGAAUGAAUUAUUAGACUUUGGUAUUUAUAAGAUGCACAACUUGGGAAAAACAUUUUUUCCGAUUGAAUUUUUUUCAAAUUUGCAAAGGGUAACGGUAGCGUGCAACUUGUGUCGGAAAAUAAAAGCAAAAUGUUCCGGCGAACCAGUCUGUACACAAUGCCAAAAACAUGACAAGGAAUGCAUUUUUGAUAAUCAAAAAAAAAAGCGAGGUCCGCCAAGAGGACUGAAAAAGUUGAAAAGGCAAAAAGAAGCUUUACCAUUGAUUUUAAUUCGAAAAAUGGAACAAACAUAUUAUUGAUGAAUAGCAAUUAUAUAUUUAGCAUAUAAUCUAAAUAUUUUAAUGUUAUAAAUACAUGUGGCAAAAUUUGAGCUUGAAUUUGUUUUUAA